AUGUCGACUUCCGUUCCCGCAAAACGAAUGCCGGUAAAGCCUACGCGCAUCACCGUCACUCCGCGCCGCCCUCAAGGCCGCGUCGAGCGCCUGGCAAGCACCAAGCCCGGUGGCCUCAAUUCCAUCAAACGUGGGCAGUCCAUUGGACCCCGUCCACUCCCCCGCCCUACCACACAUCCCAAAACCUCUAGCUGUCCCAACCCCUCCUGUCCGGCUCCAAAUAUCGUUGAGGAUGAGGGACAGAAAGUCUGUUCCGGCUGUGGUACAGUCGUUAGUGAAUCUAACAUUGUAUCUGAAGUGUCAUUUGGUGAAUCAGCGUCCGGCGCCGCUGUUGUCCAAGGUGCCUUCGUUGGGGAGGACCAGACCCACGUCCGCAGCUACGGUCCCAGCUUCCAGCGAGGUGGUGGUAUGGAAAGCCGAGAGUUGACAGAGCAAACUGGUAAUCGUUACAUCAACGCAUUGGGACGGAAUAUGUCUGUCCCCGAAAGUACUCAAAAGGCGGCAAAUCAAGUCUUCAAGCUUGCAGUAGGACUGAACUUCAUCCAAGGUCGCCGCACAAAAACCGUUGCAGCGGUCUGUCUCUACAUUGCCUGUCGGCGUCAGACCGGAAAUACAAUCAUGCUCAUCGAUUUCGCGGACAAUCUUAUGGUCAAUGUGUUCAAACUUGGUCGUACUUAUAAAGCGCUCCUCGACGAGCUUCGCCUUGGUGGAAAUGUUUUCUUGAUGAACCCAAUCGAACCUGAAAGUUUCAUCUAUCGGUUUGCAAAGCAGCUUGAAUUUGGUUCGUCCACCAUGCUGGUUGCCAGUGAAGCCGUACGCAUCGUCCAGCGAAUGAAUCGAGAUUGGAUGACAACUGGUCGGCGUCCUGCUGGUGUCUGUGGCGCUGCACUGAUCCUGGCUGCGCGCAUGAACAACUUCCGCCGAACAGUCCGAGAAGUUGUGUAUGUUGUUAAGGUCACCGAGAUUACUAUCACCCAACGACUUAACGAGUUCAGUUCCACCGAGAGUGGUGAGCUGACUGUAGACCAAUUCCGGUCUGUACAACUUGAAAACGCACACGACCCUCCAUCUUUCACCCGAGCACGAGAAGGCCGAAAGCCCGUUCGAGGUACAAAGAGGGCAGCUCCAGAUACAGCGGCUGAGAUCGAAGACGACUUGCCCGAAAGUGAUGUCGAAAGCGAAGCAGAUACGAGCCAGCCUCUAAGGGUUGAUGCAGACGGCUUCGCUAUUCCAAACAUUCCCAUCGAUCCUGCCAUCACCGGAGCCGCUCAUCGGCGGUCAUCCAUCACAAAGGCUGUCAACGAAGUGAUUGAGGACAAUAGAGAGGAUAUGGCUCUUGCCAAAGCCAAGGGGAAAGCGCCACGAAAGCAGCCACCCGAACCCACCAAAGAGCAGAUCGAAGCCGAAGAUGCUCUAGAAGAUGAAAUCCGUGGGAUGCUGACCACUGGUUCUACCAUGGUAGACAGUGCAGUGCAACCUGCCCGAAUGGUUGUCUCCGACGACACGGAAAUUGACGAACUUGAAUUCAAAGACGACCCGGAGGUAGUAGACUGCCUCCUCAGUCCAGCCGAGGUAGAUAUCAAAGAGCGGAUCUGGGUCAGCGAGAAUAAAGAAUACCUCCGCACCCAGCAAGCGAAAAACCUCAAACGCGCUCUCGCGGAAGCACUCAACGGUGGAGCAGCACCAAAGCCUCGCAAGCGUCGCAAGGGCCGUCUCGGUGAUGUGACCUAUUUGGAGGGUGACGGCGGCGAAGGGCGCGAAACCCGUGCCACCACUCCUGCCGAAGCGACCCGCCGCAUGCUGGAGACGCGCGGCUUUAGCCGCAAGAUCAACUACUCUCUUCUCGAGAGUAUCUAUGGCACCAAGAAGGAGGAAAGCCCCUCUGAUGCCGCCGACGACGCAAGGAGCCGCACUAGCCGGAGCCGUAGUGUCACUUCUCGCCGGAGCGCGAGCAUUGCCCCGCCCGAUACCCCCCGGCGCGCCAUCCGGGGUGCGACCCGUAAGUCCUGGAAACCGUCGCAUCGUCUCCCGUCGAAGUCUCCGGCCCCGGCACCUCCUGCCAAACCCUCUGGGGGGAGGUUCGCCGUGCCUACUCCACCAUCUACAGCACCUACUGCCACCCAGGGGGGUAACUAUGGCGAGGAGGUGGUUCGGGGAAAUCGAGGGAGACCUCCGGGAGGAUGA